AUGUUCGCUGACCGCUAAAUUUAGAAUCGAAAGUCGCUUUCUUACCAGCAUUCCACUACAUUCCACUCUACCGUCUAUGUUAAAGUACUUCCGUCUAUGCUGAAGUUUUGAUCAACCAAUCAGAGAUGCGAGAAAACGUCGUUAUUCAUCUAUAAAGAUCAGCAAAUUGCUCCGAACGAGACAAACAAGAAUUCAGACAUCGUUCCGAAUUUUCAAAGAUGUCGUUUAUAAAAGUCCUUGCCGUGAUGUUUGCAAUUUUUGAGAUUGCAGUUCUAGUCUCCUCCAACAAAACAGCUAGCACGAUGGACGAGUUGGGAAGAAAAGUUCUUUUGCAUGCAAUGAUGGAUGCCAGCCCACUGAAUCUACUACAGAAAGCUCGUUAUCGCGUAAAAAGAGGGUACAGAAGAUACGAACAAAGGGAUUGGCUGAAACACCCUCUGUUCCCGCUUUAUGACAUUGAUAUCCACAUUUGCGAAGAUGCAAAGCGAGAAAGUAAAGCCGGCUUGUGUGAAUUGUGGGAAAAGCUUGGAUACUGUCAAUUCGCCAAGCACAUCAUGAAACGGUUUUGCCGCAAAACCUGUGGCUUUUGCAAGGCCCCUGCGCCGCUUAAAUGCCACUCGUCCAAAUAUGGCUGCUGUUGGGACAAACGAACAGAAGCCCUGGGACCCAAUGGCAAAGGAUGUCCAUAUUGUUAUGACGUGUACCCGCACUCGUGUGGACAGUUUGACGAUUACUGCCACAAGCGCGGCAGGAAUGGGCGAUUCAUUCGCUAUCACUGCUUCAAAAGAUGCGGAGCGUGUGAAGGGAGGAAACAUGGAAGAAGAGGAAGACAUCGUUUAAACUAAAGAAGAAUAUAAAAUACAGAAAUAGCUAACAUAAGCUUGUUAUUUGUCUCUAUCAACAUUACGGUAAACAAUGUACGAAAACUGGAGAACAUGAUAAAAACAUAGAAAUUUAAAAUAAUAAUAGUAAUAAUAACUUGUCGAAAAGAACAAUUUGGAUUAUACAGGUGUUCUCUGGCCGUUAUCUGACUAACGUUAUGUUUGAGGUCUUUAAAUAAAAAAUUUGAAUUGCCAGGUUUA